GUCACAAAGAUGUCUACACGGAACUGCCAAGGAAUGGAUUCUGUGAUCAAACACCUGGACACAAUUCCAGAGGACAAAAAAGUCAGGGUUCAGAGGACACAAAGCACUUUUGAUCCAUUUGAGAAGCCAAAUAAUCAAGUGAAGAGGGUCCAUUCAGAGAACAAUGCCUGCAUUAACUUCAAGACUUCGUCUACUGGGAAGGAAUCUCCAAAAAUCAGGCGGCAUUCCAGCCCUAGCUCUCCAACAAGUCCCAAGUUUGGAAAAGCAGACUCUUAUGAAAAACUAGAAAAGCUGGGGGAAGGUUCAUAUGCCACAGUAUAUAAAGGCAAAAGCAAGGUAAAUGGCAAACUGGUGGCCCUGAAAGUGAUUAGACUUCAAGAAGAGGAAGGAACUCCAUUUACAGCCAUCAGAGAAGCUUCUCUUCUGAAAGGCCUAAAACAUGCCAACAUUGUGCUGCUUCAUGAUAUCAUCCACACCAAGGAGACAUUGACACUGGUUUUUGAGUUUGUGCACACUGAUUUAUGUCAGUACAUGGACAAACAUCCUGGAGGACUUCAUCCAGAAAAUGUGAAGUUGUUUUUAUUUCAAUUGCUGCGAGGACUGUCCUACAUCCACCAGCGUUACAUUUUGCACAGGGACCUGAAGCCCCAAAACCUUCUGAUCAGUGACACUGGGGAGUUGAAGCUGGCAGAUUUUGGACUUGCACGAGCCAAAUCUGUUCCAAGUCACACAUAUUCUAAUGAAGUGGUAACCCUGUGGUACAGACCUCCAGAUGUCCUCUUGGGCUCAACAGAGUAUUCUACUUGCCUUGACAUGUGGGGAGUUGGUUGUAUCUUCGUAGAAAUGAUUCAGGGUGUUGCUGCUUUCCCAGGAAUGAAAGAUAUUCAAGAUCAACUUGAAAGAAUAUUUCUGGUACUUGGAACCCCAAAUGAAGAUACCUGGCCUGGAGUCCAUUCUCUACCCCAUUUCAAGCCUGAGCGCUUUACGCAGUACAGUGCUAAAAACCUCAGGCAAGCCUGGAAUAAGCUAAGCUAUGUGAACCAUGCAGAGGAUUUGGCCUCCAAAUUACUCCAGUGUUUCCCAAAGAACAGAUUGUCAGCACAGGCAGCUCUGAGCCAUGAGUAUUUCAGUGAUCUGCCCCCACGGCUAUGGGAGCUAACUGACAUGUCCUCUAUUUUUUCUGUAUCGAAUGUAAGAUUACAUCCAGAGGCUGGAGAAAGCAUGAAAGUCUUUGGAAAAAACAAUAUUUAUGGCAAAGGUUUAUCAAACAUUAAGCACUGAGAAGCAUUUUGGUUUCCCACAUACAAUUCAGGAAUUAAGACCACCGGAUUAUAAGAGAGGAACAAAAGCUAACGAGAGAGCCAACACCAUGAAGACAGCAUGGCCCUGUUUCUCUUUCCCAAUGGUGGAUUUCUGUCAUGAGAAAAACGAUACUGGAAGACUGUCUCUCUACCUUCCUUCUCCUACAAUUUGUUUAAAACCUUGCACGCCUUUGAAUACCUUGUGAUUUUCAAGAUCUCUAUGAAGACUAAGCUUUUGCUUACUGACACAUAGCAUGUUCUUUUCUUUCAUCCUUUUUGUGUUUGAUUUUAUUGGGAUUUUCCACUACAGCACAACAUCCUUGUACAGAUUUUUAUGCUUUCACCAACAACGUCUUAAACACAUUAAGAUGCACAUUUGGUGUCUGCAUUUCCCAGUAAUGUCUGUACAUAGAGGGUCA